CUCCGCCCGUGACCGACCGAAGUUGGAAGGUCGAAGGAAGAUUGCUCGGCGUCGUACGGGUCGUCCGUCGGAGGAGAGAAGAGGCCCAACUGUAGUACACCCGCCCCGAGCGACCGGGUCCUCCUGAGGUCGCUGUCAGCGUUGGAGUCCCCAUCUCUACGUCACCGGCUCCGUAGCGUGCGCCGUUACGUCAUGAAGCGACCACAGCUGGUUCUGUGCGGCCUUCUCUUCUGCCUGCUGGCGCCGUCCAGCAGCUCCGAGUCGAGCACGUCGGACAACAGCGAAGGCUCCCUGCACCGGGUCCCACUCUCGGCACUGCAGACCUCAGAGUCCGUCGCGUACCACGUGCCGGCCAACCCGCCCAGCAUCUCCAGCGGCGGGGGUGGUUCCGGUGGCGGCGGCGGCGGCGGCUCGCACCACUCUCUGUACCAGCCGCAGACGACCGUGUCGCCGAACCGGAGGUUCCCGGCCAUCGCCAUGCUGUUCCCGACGACGCUCACGCCGUUCUCGUCGCCCAACUCAUCGCCCUCGCACGUUCACCACCACCUGCGCGGUGAGUCCUCCUCUAUGGGCGCCUCCAAGUACCACAGCGCCGAACAGUACGAGCCGGUGCCCCAGCGGCGGCCCUCUGUCGUGACCCAGUACGGCGGCGGCGAACUGUCCCGACCUCUGCGUCGCGAGCCGCAACACAUCUACGGGCCGCUUUCCAAGGCCCAGUCUCCGUACAGCUACGCCCCCGGAAGCCCGCUCGACAUGGUCGAGAAGAGGCCGCAGGAGGUCAACUAUGAUGUGCCCCCUCCGGUCGUGCCGGACACGCCGCCGCGCUUCUUGUACGAACGACCUCUCAUCGACCACGAGCGCCCGACCCACGCGCGCCCGCUGACCUCCAUGGUCGACGGACCGCAGUACUCGGACCACGGUCGGCCCGAACGUCCUUCGCAGAUCCAGCAGCAGCAGCAGCAGUCGGCGCCACCGUCCCUGCCGCAGUCUCAGACCACCCUGUACGGCUCGCCCAAGUUCACCGGCUCCUCGCAGCUCAGGUCGGGCGGGCAGUACCCGCAGCUCGUCACCGAGAAGCCUCCGCCCUCGGCGCCGCAGCCCCCGACGACCUACGUCAGGUCCAAGUACUCCAGCGGCGGCGGCUCGUCCUCCCAGUCGCCGUCUUCUUCCGGUGGUUCAGGCGGCAUCAACGGCGGCAGUGGCGGUUCAAGCGGCGGUGCAGACGAUGUCUACGGAGUGCCGCCGCCGUCGCCUUACCAUCACAGGGGCGGAGGUGGAGGAUCCAGGACCGAGAUCUCGCAGCACCAGCAGCCGGAUUCGCGCGUUCCCGACCAGGAGGAGCAACCGCAGCAGCCUCCUUCCCGGAAGUUGCAUCCGCAGGCGGAAGCUAGUCCCCUGUACGCCCGCUACCCCAAGAACUCUCAGGAGAACACUCGCCUGGAGGACUCCCCGUCGGCGGAGAAGCAGACCCCGUCCUACCAAAGCUACCCGGUGGGGCUGUACGGCUCCGGUGGAUCGGACGGAGGCAGAAACACGAGGAGGAGGUACAACCUGGUCUACAUCCCAGUCGAUGUCCUGAAGAAGCUCCUAACCGAGGCGGGCUACCGGAGGAAGAAGUAGUAAGCACGGUGGCGCUGUGCACGAUGGGAAGAAAAAGA